AGAUUUCAUUUAAUUCUAAGAGCACUAUGGCUUCCCACUUAAGUACUAAAGAUAGAUUAUUGUCGUUAAUAGACGAUAUUGAGUUGAUAGCGAAGGAGAUGAUUGAAGUAUCUAUAGCACCAAAAUCACAGAAAUUAUCGGCUGCGGACCACGCUCAGUUGACCGACUUAUUGCUCGCUAAAGAUGCAGAAUUGAAAAAAACAUUAGAGUUAGCUGAUGAACAAGCUAAGAUACAGCAAAAAAUGAACGAACUCAAGGCAGAAGUUGAUAAUAAGGACCAAGAGAUUCAUCAUCUACAAAGACAACUCAAGGAUGCUGAACAAAUCUUAGCGACAUCACUGUAUCAAGCCAGACAAAAGCUUGCUUCUAUUGUAAAAUCAAGGAAGAAGCCUGUACUUUCAGAGGAAUUGAUUAAAUUUGCUCACAGGAUAAGUGCGUCAAAUGCAGUAAGUGCACCAUUAUCAUGGCAACCAGGAGACCCUAGACGUCCAUAUCCCACAGACCUAGAAAUGCGACUUGGCAUGCUAGGUAGACUUUGUGAUUUACCACUCAAUGGUCACACUCCAUCCACUUUGAAUGAACUACACCGCAUCACUACUGGAGGAGUUCCAGCUUCAGCAUCAAACCAGUUCACAUGGCAUCCAUCAGGUGAGCUACACAUGUCGGUCGGAGGCGGUAAUUCAGUCGCAAUCGACGGCCGUAGCAAAGAUGCGCCUGCGCAGGAAGACGUUGAGGUCAUGUCUACGGACUCCAGUUCUAGCUCUAGCAGUGAUUCGCAGUGAAAUUGCGUAUUUUUUGUAGAGGACACUUCUAAAUGUAUCAGGUGAUUUGUACCGCCAGGGCUAAUUGAACCAAAAAAAAAUGCACAUUCCGCUGGUAUUUUUGUUGUCACCUAUUUUAUUUGAAGUGGAACAAUAGAUUUUAGUUAAAAUGUACUUCCAUAUGCAGGAAUUGUGUGAAGGAAAGACUGUUAUCAUCCUGUAUUUUUAUAGUUACUUAUGUAUUAGCUUUAUAUACCUAAUAUGUAUUUAUUAAAUAUAGAUAGUUUGUCUCAAUGUUCUAUUAUUUUUU